AUGGAAAGUUUUUGUAAUUUUGAUGAAAGAAUUCGUCUUUUAUGUCCAAAAACUUGUAAAAAACAAUGGUAUAAAGAAAUUGGCUUUGAACAACCCUGUGAACUUGAAAGAAGAAUUUAUGAAUUUCGUUUUGAAAACCCUCCUGAAGAAGAAGACUGUACAGAUACACGAAAUGAUUGUUUUAAGGAUAUUUUAUUUUGUGAAAUGCCGAAUUAUUUUUAUAAAUUGGAAGGGGAAUGUCCAGAAACAUGUGCUCAUUGCAAACCAAAAGGACAUAAAUGUAAAGACAAAAAUCAUCAAAAGUUUUUAAUUUUUAUUUAA